AAUACGUUUUACACAAUUUGUCUACCCAUCAACAAGCUAGAUGGAUGGAGAUACGGCAUUCACGGCAAUUGCGCGGUCGCGGGCUUGUUCUUUGAAACUUGACCAACUUCACUUCUUGACCAGCACGUUUUAAAAGUUGCGAUAGCUGUGUUUAUCAACGGUGAACGCCGUCGUGUCUGGUGCAAAGCGAGUGACUGCAUCGUUGUUUAUUGCACCCGCGUUUAAUCGCAGUUCCCGUUCGUAUUCGCGAAAAUGGCUUGCGCCGCGGACCUGGAGACGCUCACUACGCCCGUUCGCGAGGAACCGUACGACUUGGAGUUGGAGAAGGCGAUCCUGGCUGACAUUCACACGGCCGCGAGCCUUGGCUACGUGUCGCGAAUCCGGGAUUUGCUGAGAAGGACAUCUCCAGGCGACGAAGUGAACGUUCAGAACAGGGGAGGGUGGACGCCACUCAUCUACGCUGCGUCUGCGGGCCAGAAGGGGGCCUUGGAGGUAUUGCUGAAGCACGGUGCCGCGGUCAACGUCCAGAACUGCCAGGGGAGAACGGCGGCCAUUGUUGCAGCCAUGUACGGCCAUGACUCCUGCCUGGCGCUCUUGAAGAAGUAUGGGGCAGACUUGGAGAUGAGGGACUCGCAGGACCGCACCGCGCUCUUCCACGCCUGUGUGUUUGGACAGGCAACCAUUGUUCAGCUGCUGGUGGAUGCUGGAGUGAACAUUCACUGCGUGGAGCACUUUGGGGGCUACUCUCCUCUUGCCAUUGCUGCUGCGGAGCAUCACGAAAGCAUUGUCAACAUCUUGCUGAGUGUGAAUUCUGCAGGUCAUUGUUUCCAGGGCUCAAGGCUUCUGCAGGCAGCAAAUCUCGAGAGCAACAUGUCACGGUCCCCCGUUCGGGAUGACGCCAAGAGAUUGCCUACGGCCCGAGGCAAAACAGUCCAACCACCGUCGGUGCAGAGUCUCUUGCACCGGUAUGUCAACUUGACCUUGGGCUCAGGGGAGCCACAGGCAUUGCAGAAAAGUUCAUACAGCUGCAUCAACAUUCCUCCGCGAGAGGAGGUGUCCUCGUUGGGUGACCUCCUGGACCACCUGGGGCUGUCCAAGUACCACCCAGUGUUCCAGGAACAGGGCAUUGACCUAAGAACCUUCCUCACCUUCGGGGAUUCGGAGCUUACGGAAGCUGGCAUCAAGUUGGUUGGACCAAGAAGAAAGAUGUCUGUCGCCAUUGCAAGGUGGAACGAAAGGGACCAGUGUUGCCCUUCUGCAAAAGCAUCCCCAAGACCAUCGUAGAUUCGCUUGCUUAUAUUACGGAAAAACCUUUGAUAAGUUUUAGAGAAUUAUUGACUAGCGAAUAUGUCAGGUCAUUCUGGGCAGUGUGUUUAAUAUUUUCAUAAAUUUUAGUCCACUUUUUGUCAUGAUUAUAACCUAAGCUUUUAUUAACUGCCUCAUUUUUAUCCACUGGGAUUUGUUUUGAAUUUUGAAUUUCCCAUUUUAUUUUAGGUAUAUGUCCACUUUAUUGCCGAAAUGUAAAAACAAUUUGAGGUAGUUUGUUCAGCUUUUGGUGCCAUAUAUUUUUUCACUGCAUUUGAGUUCUGGCAUUUAGAUUUAUGCAGGUUUUCAAGUCAUUAAUUGAGGAAGUCUCCUUUUGUUGUAUACAAAUUUUCAAAACUCAAUUUUAAUUUAACCUUCCCUCUGGUAUUGGUUUUUCUGUUUGUGCUUUUUUUUUAUUUCACUGACUUUGGUUAUGCUUGUAACUAUGCUGUUGCGUGUUAUAUUCGUAGUGGGCUGGUAUCAGAAAGCCAAACCAAUUUCUGGUGCAAUAGGAUAUGGCAUGCUAUUUUUCUAGUAGAAAAGGUUUUGUUUAUUCAGUCAGCAGUAGUAGUCACAUUUGCUUAGUUCUUACAGAACAGAGCGAUUUAAAAAAAGUAACCUUCGUAAUAUUUCUUAUUGCAUUCACAUCAUCAGAGUACUUCAACAUAAAACAUUUUGCUCUGGUAAAUGUUUUAUGGCAAGAAAUCUUAAUGAAAUGUCUUUACACUUUUAGUGUUUACCGUUGUUUUACACAGUGAAAGAUGGUGCUCUUUUUAUGUAACUUUUUUCUGAGGAAAGGAAGCCUCCCAUGUUGGUGGCCAAAAAGCAUUAGCUACCCAGUCAUUAAGAGACACUGAAUGCCAAAAAAAAAAAAAAGCAUUUUUUUGAAGUGCCUAGAUAUAACAUCUAUGUGUUGAAAUGAGCUUUCCCUGGAAAAAAUGUAAUUGAGCGAUAUUUACACUGUGAGACACAUUUUGAUUUAGGAGCGAUUCCAUAACUGCUAUUCCAAGGUUUAUGUCUUAAAAUUAAAGUUUGUUUUGGAAUCGCGUUUAUUUCAAAAUGCUUCUUGCAACUGUCUUCAAAUGUAUAUUAUUCUGCAUUUUUCCAGUGAAAGUAUGCUGCACAAUAGUCAUUUUUUGUGCAUAGUCAGAGUAAUUUUUGCAUUGCACUUUUUUGUGCCAGUCAAAAUACUUCACAUGCUUUCGUACUUGAAUACAGCUCUCACGCCUAGUCAAGUUAUGUGUAAACAGCUUCUCUACCUUUCACAUUUUUUCACUGAGAAAAUAUUGGCUUUGCUUCAUUGCACGCUUCAACAAGAAUGUCUUUAAGGGCCUCAACGAAGGACAAUGAAAUAAAAGUUGCAUUUAACAAUUAA